CGCGGGGUAUUUAGACAAUGUUUACAUCACAACUGCACCACCUGAAUUCUGAAUCAAAAUCAAAUCAAAUAGAUCUACUAGAUUCUAAUAAAUAUUAAAUUUAUAAAUAGAUUUGGUAUUCAAGACUCAGCAAGAAUUAUCAUUGAUCAAAUUUAAUAAUUCACAUUAAUUACCUGUGUCUCUGUUGAAGGCCUAUCUAAGAUACUGGACCUGUGAAGCUGGUUUUGGGCUGAGAAUAUUGUUAUCCCAGCAGUAGUGGCAGUACAUGUGGCUUGUCUUAUCUUUAGUCAAAUUAAACACACUUGAAUCAAUCAGCAUAUGUUGAAGUCUGGGAUCUUAAAAGAUGUCGGAUAACGAAGAUGACAUUCCUGUGCUGGUUCCUCUUACACCUGAGGCACAGAAGGUUCCUGUGACAGUGAUAACAGGAUAUUUAGGUGCAGGGAAGACAACUCUCCUUAACUACAUUCUGACUGAACAACAUGGGAAAAGAAUAGCUGUAAUACUGAACGAGUUUGGGGAAGGGGAUUCCAUAGAGAAAUCCAUGUCUGUAGGUGAAAAAGGUGAACUCUUUGAGGAGUGGUUGGAACUCAGAAAUGGCUGCCUCUGUUGUUCAGUUAAAGAUAAUGGGGUGAAAGCAAUAGAGGACCUCAUGAAAAAGAAAGGAAAGUUUGAUUACAUUUUGCUGGAAACAACAGGACUUGCAGAUCCAGGGCCCAUAGCAUCGAUAUUUUGGCUGGAUGAAGAGCUUUGCAGUGACAUUUACUUAGAUGGUAUAGUGACAGUUGUGGAUGCAAAAUUUUGUAGUCAGCAAAUGAUAGAAAGAAAAAGUGAAGAAUGUACAAAUGAAUGUCAAAGGCAAAUAGCACUAGCUGAUGUAAUUAUUAUCAACAAAACUGAUCUCAUCCAGAAAGAAGAAUGUGAUAGUUUAAGGGAGUUAAUCAGAUCAGUCAACGGUUUUGCUAAAUUAAUUGAAACCUCACAUGCAAAAGUUGAUCUGGAUGAAAUCCUGGAUAAAAAUGCUUAUGGUGGAGUAGGGACAAUCAGGUUGGAAGAUAUUUUCACAGACAGGGGAUAUAACCCAGAGAACAAACACAGAAUUGAUAAGGGUAUAAUUACAGUGACUGUACAGGCAGAUGGUGACCUGCUGAAGGCUGACCUGGAUGAGUUUCUUCAGAACCUGCUCUGGGAGAAAUCAAUCAAAAACUCAGAGGGAAAGACCAUCCAGGUGUUGAGGCUUAAGGGUGUAGUGUCCAUUCAAGGCUCUGACAAGAGACUUGUGGUACAGGCUGUUCAUGAGCUUUAUGAUUCACAGUAUACAACAGCAUGGAGGCAUGAUGAGCCUCACUUCAACUCAAUAGUCUUCAUUGGUCAAAAUCUGGACAAGAAUAUUUUGGAAACCUGCUUGAAAAACCUGGUUACAAAACAGUUGUGACACUUAAUAAUUCAACACCCCGGUUUUUUUUUUUAAAUCACUUUCUUAAAAUAAAACGUUGAUAAUUGCAAGUUUUAGUGUUUGAUUUUCCAUAGUUCUUACAUUUUGUCAAUAGAGUAAGUAGAUAGCCCAAUUAACCAUUUAAAAGUAUUCUACCAUUAAUUCAUUCCUUAAGGCUUUAAAUAAGUGGUGAACUUUAUUUUGUGAAAUUGAGGCUUGAUUAAAUUUAUUUAUAA